GCUCUGAUCAACUACGGAAAGGAGUACGGGAAGCUCGUGGUGAUCGUCGAUGUGGUCGAUCAGAACAGAGCUCUUGUUGAUGCUCCUGAUAUGGUGAGGACCCAAAUGAACCUGAAGAGGCUCUCAUUGACCGAUAUCAAAAUAGACAUAAACCGUGUCCCGAGGAAGAAGUCGCUCAUUGAAGCCAUGGAGAAGGCUGAUGUGAAGAACAAGUGGGAGAACAGCUCAUGGGGCAGGAAGCUGGUCGUCCAGAAGAGAAGAGCCUCACUUAACGAUUUUGACAGGUUCAAGGUUAUGUUGGCCAAGAUCAAGAGAGCUGGAUUGGUGAGGCAAGAGCUUGCGAAGCUGAAGAAGGAAAGCUCAUCAUAGACGUGCAUGAGAGUCUAAGUACUUGUUUUGGUUUGACCAGCGUUGUAAGAAUUUCCGUCUCUUGUUUUCUGGAUUUCGUUGUGCUAAAAAUUAAGAAUCUGUUACAUCUAUGCCGACAUUGUUCUUUGGUUUACAUCCCAAAAGGGUUUUUUUUUUC